AUGGCAUUCGCUCGAGCUAUGCUACUCUCCGCCUUGCUGGGCUCGGCUGCCUUGACCGCCGCAGCUCCUGUUGCAUCUACCUGUCAGCCAGCGCUCAAGCAAUGGGGUCAAAUCACCUUCGAUGGCACGGCUCUGAGUGUCGGCGAUGACGGCGACUUUGUCAUCGGUGGACCCAACCCGGUCAACUUUGCAGUCGCAACCUGCUCAUCUGCGAAUUACGGCAAAUAUGAGCAACAGGGCCAGGGCUAUUUGGUUAACGCUACAGACGCCACUCAAUGUCUGACGGCGAGCAAUCUUGACCAGCAGAAUGCAACCUUUUCUUUCCAAGAUUGUCGGUACAACGGUGCUGGAGACAUUUCGGCAUCGCAGGCGUUUGCUUAUUACACUGACUACGACGGAGGCAACACCUUGCCCGCUUACUUCAAUGGAGAAAACUCCAAGGCGGUCAAUGACACUCAACCUCCCAUCUACACCCUCAAGAGUCAGUACGAUCAAAUCAGCUUCCAAGGCAGUUAUGGAAAGCUGUUGGCAGAUUACACCCCCAAUCUCUCUUCGACUCCGGAGCAAUACAUCUCGGUUCCGUACAACACUCUUCCCGUGACUGCACCGGGGCAGCCUGAUGCUCCUGUUCUCAAGUGUGGCACUCACGUACUCGGCCAGCUCGACUGGAACAACCAAACUUCGAGCUCCAACCAGUACAAGGGCCCACUGAACGCCCAAGUACAGGCCGAUUCAAGCACCACGGACAAGUUCAUCUUUGAAGAGUGCGACUACUCGCCUUCGGGAAUCAAGGCGGAAGGAGAGGUCGUCUAUGGCCGUCUCCGUCCUGGCACCGAGGCUUCAGGCACCGGCUUUCAAUGCUACACGUUCUAUGGCGCCAACAUUAAAGGAAACAGUGGGCAAUGGAUCAGGACCACCCAAACGCUGAACUGCCCAUACACCACGCUUGAUGCCUCAGACGCGGCCAAUGACAGUAUCGACGUGAUCAAGUUUGACAAAUCGGACAACUCUAUCGAAUGGGUCACUUUCCAAAAGGGUACUCAAACCAACAUGUACUAUGCAUACACCGCAGAGAACUACGAGGAGGAAUACGAUGUUGAGCAGGCCGGUGUUGGCGCGAGCAACAUCGGCUUUGUCCAGCUUUCGCCAGACAACGCUAACUUAACCAAGUACCCGCCUGGCAAAUUGAGCUUCUUCGCCGACUCCUAG